AUGGACGUCGAGUCAGAAGGUAGUUCGGCCCUUCGAUUAAUAAAGCAGGGUGCAGAAGCCAGAAUUUAUGCCGCUGAUUUCCUAGGCCGACCAACUAUCGUGAAGGAACGAUUUAAAAAGAAGUUUAGACACAAUGUAUUGGAUGAUAAACUCAGACAUAAGCGUACGAUGCAAGAGGUGCGUUCGAUGCAUCGUUGCCGGAAAGCUGGAAUUGCAACACCAACAGUCUUUUUCAUCGAUUCAAACGAUUACAAGAUUUAUAUGGAAGAGGUACAAAAUUCGAUUACGGUCAGAGAUUAUAUCAAUUCACUGAAAGAAGAUAAAGAAAGCAACUUGCGUAAACUUGCCAAAAUUAUUGGAACUAUUCUUGCUUCAAUGCAUAAUAUACAAGUCAUUCAUGGUGAUUUAACUACUUCAAAUAUGCUAUUAAAGAAAACUAAUGAUAUUGAAAUAGCUGACUUGGUGCUAAUCGAUUUUGGAUUGAGCAGCAUCUCGUCAUUAGCUGAGGAUAAAGGAGUCGAUUUGUACGUUUUGGAAAGAGCCUUUCUUAGCACCCACCCUAAUACUGAAGAUGCAUUCAAAGUGAUCUUGGAUACUUAUAAAACAUUCAAAGGAUCAUCGGAGGCUUUAAAAAAGUUAGAUGAAGUAAGGUUGCGUGGUAGAAAGCGAACUAUGGUGGGGUAG